CGACAGAAGCAUACAACUCUUGAGCAAGGUUCCCAGUCGAUAAUGAGCAAGGCGCUGGUGCUGUGCCUGGUGCUGCUGGCGGCGGGCGCCACGGUGGCGCGGGCGCAGGACACGCUCUGCCCGGCUGGCCUGGAGGGCCCUGACUGUGGCAUGUGCGCGGGCGGCACCACGCUUGGCGACGAGGCAUGCGCCAACCUGACUGAGUCGUACAGCGGCUGGUGCUACAGCAACCACACCUGGGCGGAGGGCUCCACAGCCAAGUCGUACGAUUGCACCACAGAGGCAAGAGGCACAGACUACGCCAGCACCGUGACCAAGGUGUCCGCCCACUGCGACGCCGAGAUCAAGAAAUGCGACGUGCACUUUGCGCUGGGCGACUCCCCGCUCACCUGCAGCGGCCUGGACUGCACCUUUGACGGUUAUGCCGUCUUCUGCGGCUACACCAAGUGCUCGUGUGAUGCUGCCUGUCCAACCGUCAACGGGGUCAGCCUGGGAUACAUGCUGGAGCGGCUGACGGGCAAGACCAACCUGGCGUGUGAGGAGGGCUGGCCCGAGGCGCUCUGCAGCUUCGACAUUGAAGGGCUGUCCGCUGCCUCGGGCGGCUUCCAGGCUUUCUGCAAGGCCAGCGAGUGCCGGGAGUGGUAGAGCAAGGCUGUGGUAGAGCAAAAGGAGCAGCCACUGCCUACCACUGUAGAUCACGGAAGAACAGCAGCAGCAGCAGCAGCAGCAGCAAGCCAGCUUAGACACACCAAGAUGACACACGGCAUCGGGUUGGCCGCGAUGGCCGCUUGGCCUGCCCAGAUAGGGUUGCAGUCAGUCAGCUCGGCUUGGCGGCGCCGCCUAGCACCGCGUUUUUGCAUUGCUUAUUUCGUCCCAGUACCCUUAUUCCCCCCUCCCAUCUGCUAUGCUCGUACAGCACAGCGCCGCAAAAGCGCAUCCAGCACAGUAAUGCCUGCAUGCCCGCUGCUCCACUUGCUGUGAGUGGCAGUGUCGCUGGAAAGUGCAUCUCUUGUAAAACGGCAAAACAC